CGGUCGGUAUAAAAACCAAACACUUGCCACCGACGCGAUACAGUGCGUUACAGGGCUGCUGUCUGUCUAUCUGUCUGUGUGUGUGUGUGUGUGUGUGCUCGUCCAUACAGUGCCCCCGGCCGGUACAUCUCGUCUUUUUGGAAAACUAAAAACAUAUAUUUUCUGGUGUUUUUUUUUUCGUUUUUGUCGGCGCUUGUUGUGUUCCGGUGCUUGAGUUUACCGCAUAAACCGCGUGUCUUCGAUCGGAGUCGCUACUAGCAAACAUGACGUUGCUAUUGAAAUCACUGUUAAUUGCGAUUGUAACAGCAUCGCUUGUAGCUGGUUUACCCACCCCAGCGCCAGAAAAAUCACUAGUACCCGUUCAGCGUCAAAAAAAACACGCCGAUGGAGGUUACGGUUCGGAUGUAGUCGGCUACGAGGAGCCGCCGCAUCAUCAUCACCACCACGAGGAGCCGCACGGCUACUGGAAAAAGAAGCUGGCGUGGAAAGAGGAAUGGAAACAAGAAUGGAAAACCGUCAAACAAGAAGUGUGGAAGUCGUCGUACGAGCAGACCAAGGUGCCGGUGUGGAAAGAGGUCCAAGUGCCCGUCUGGAAGGAGGUGAAGGUGCCCGACUGGAAGGUGGUGCAGACGCCGGUCUGGAAAGAAAUCAAAGUGCCCGUGUGGAAGGAAGUCAAGGUGCCCGACUGGAAGACGGUGCAGGUGCCGGCGUGGAAGGAAGUGCAGGUGCCCGUGUGGAAGGAAGUGCAGGUGCCGGACUGGAAGAAAACCUACGUGCCGGAAUGGGUCAAGGAGUACGUGCCCGGGUCCAAGCAGCUGGGCAAGGACAACCACGGGUGGGAGUACGUGGCGCACGACUUGUGGAAGAAAAUGUUGAUCUGGAAACCGGUGUGGAACAAGGUGUGGAAGACCGAGAAGAAGCAAGAGUGGGUGACCGAGAAGAAACAGGUGUGGAAAGAAGAGAAGGUGCAGAUAUGGCGGACGGAGAAGAAGCAAGAGUGGAUCACCGAGAAGAAACAGGACUGGAAGGAGGAGAAGGUGCAGAUCUGGAGGACGGAAAAGAAACAGGAGUGGAUCGCCGAGAAGAAGCUCGAGUACAAGACUGAAUGGAAAGAAACUAAAGUGCCCGCUUGGAAAGAGAUCCAGGUGCCGUCCUGGAAGAAGGUGUACAAGCCGGUGUGGGAAAAGGUUUGGGUACAGGAGGAACACCACGACCACCACGUGUACGAAGACCACCACGACCAACACCAGAGUGAUGGUUACGGACUUGGCGAAAGCUAUGGUUAUCAUAAGAAAUAAUCAUAUUUUCCAACCAAACAAUUAUUAUAUUUAUAAGUCCAUCAAGAGUUACCUCCCGAGUCAAUUUUUUUUUUUCAUACCAGCAAUAUUAUUGUACAUAGUUUUUGUUACCUUUAUUUCUUAUUCUUUUUUGUUCUCGAUGUGUUAUUUGCUUCUUUUUAUUUUUAUUUUGUAAUGUAAUAACGAUAAAUACAACGAAACGUUGUGAACAUAA